AUGAGAGCCAUCGCUAAAUAUGCAUGGCCUGCUAACAGUGCAGAGGAUUGGAUACUAAAUUUGUCGUAUUUGCCAAAUCUCCAUAAUGGUUCGUUUGCAUCUUCAACGAGUGGAGGAUCCAUUAACUUGUACCUGUUACAAAACUUGUCUAGUGUUCCAAUUUUGAGAAUAGAGAAGGCCCACGAAUCAAGUAUAAAUUCUAUGAAAGCAAUUGAUGAUACUACAGUAGGGUCAUGUUCUACAGAUGGGCUAAAAAUUUGGGAUUUGAGGACCUCUUCGGGGAAACCAGUGCAUACUUUGGCUAAUGCCAAAACUUCAAACUUUUUAUCGCUUGAUUAUUUUAACAAUCUUCUUGCAGGAGGAACUGAGUUGGUUGGAGCAGAUGCCGAAUUACAUAUUUGGGACUUAAGGAACACCACAAAUGUGGUAAGAUCAUUUAUUGAUUCGCAUAAUGACGAUAUUACAGAUAUAAAAUUCCAUCCUAAUUCUCGAUUUUUGAUGUCUGGAUCUACAGACGGAUGUGUGAAUAUUUAUGACCUCGAGCAAGAGGACGAAGAAGAUGCAUUGCAUCAAGUUAUAAACUAUGCAUCAGUUCAUUCUUGCAACUUUAUUCAAGAUAGGCGUAUUUCAGUUUUAUCUCAUAUGGAAACAUUAGCAUUUUAUGAAUUAAAUAAUACCAAUUAUGAAAAAAUCGAAGAACCUACGCCAAAUGAUAUUGGCGAUGUAAGGAAAUUAUGGCCUGAUUGCGAAUAUGUGGUCGAUGUAUAUCCAAGCGGGUACGUCGCAUGUGGUGCUAAUUCACAACUGAAAUUGUCACUUUAUCCAUUUAAUCCUGUAUUAGAAAAGACAGACUUAAGUAGGCCAAUUUGGUUUCCUGAUGCACAUGGUGCAGAAGUUGUUAGGGAUGUAUUGGUGAUACCAAAUCAAAGAUCUGCUAUAACAUGUGGUGAGGAUGGAACUAUAAAAGCAUGGGAAUUGCCUUAUGAGUUAGAGCAUUUCGAUUUAACUUUGAGAAAUACAAAACCAGAAACGAAGGAAGAUGUGCUCAUGGAGACCGCGGAACCUGAUUUGGAGCUGAAACCUGUCAAGAAAGAGAAGAAAGAGAAAAAAGAAAAGAAGGAAAGAAAAGAGAAGAAAGAAAAGAAGGAUAAGAGCGACAAGAAGUCCAGAAGGGACAAGAAGGAUAAAGAUGGCAAGUCUGACAGAUCAAAGAAAAAGAAGAGUGAUGUUAGGUUCAAACCAUAUUAG